CGCAACGUUUUUCCUGUAGAUGUAGUGAAAAUGUGAAACUGAACUUCUUACGGUCCGAGGUGGAGAUGCAGGGAGAGUCGCAAUAAUGUAAACCCUGGGUUCGGGUAACAUUCUUGUCCGCAAGAACAUGGAUGAGAUAAGUCCUUUAUUGGGCAACCAGCCACAACCGGGCCCAGAAUGUCUGUCUCCAAACCUUAGACCGAGACAUCAGAAUCUGAUUCCCACACCAUGUGGACCGAUAAAGCCCCUGUCGGAGCUGUCAUGUCUGGUGAAGGUCUAUUUUCCCUUCACCAUAGCAUCUCUGCUGGCGCUGCUCGGCCUCACAGUGUUCAGCAUCUACAAGCAGCACAUGGGCAGCGAUGUGUCUGACGAGGACAGCUUCACUGUAUCUCUAAUCCAGCUGAUUGGAAUAUUAUUCUGCAUCUACUACAUCAGCCGUGGCGUCCUGCAGGAGAACAGACAGGAGCUGGUGGCGUUCGUGCUCAGCGUGCUGGUUAUCAUGAUCCGAUCAGUGGUCAACUUCUCUGUGCAGGGGUCAAAGGGCAAGAAGGAGCUGCUGGCUCGUUUCGUGUGCAUCAUGUCUCUGGGCGCAGUGCACGUGCUUUGCACUUUGCUUCUCAUCCGAAGGCCCAACAUGAUGGCGUUCCGUGUGGGUGGGGCGUUGGAAAGCCUACAGGAGCAGUACUUCCUCCUCAACCUCUGUUUCUCCAUGGUGACCUUUGACCUGCAGGCUCAGUUGUGUCUGUGUAUCCUGAUCACGACGGCGGAUUUAGCCAUGACUGCUAACAGAAUAAUCCUGGGUGUGGGAGUGGCCUGGGCCUGUCUGACCGCUGCUGUAGGUGCUGUUGCGGUUUUAAAAGAAGCCAAGGUCUUCGUUUGGGUUUUCAUGGUGCAGAACCUUCCUCAAGUAGCCUUCUUUGUGUAUCUAAUGUACAUGGUGGUGGAAAAAUGGUCUCAUGACAACACCUACACCCUGGAAGCUGCUGCUGUCACCGGAGCUUUGAUUUCACUGCUGAUCAAAGCCGUUUUAUUCUGGGGCCUCAUCAGACUGGUCCACAGCUUUGGACAAGGCCUGAGAGAGAGAAUGUUUGCAUCCAGUAACUGAUAACGCAUCAGCUGGCUGUGGACGAAGGACACAGCUGCAUGUCGACGACUCAACAGAAGGGCAACCAUAGUGCCCAAAUCUACUAAAACUAUCGAGCAUUAACUCAUUUUAUUUAUAAGAAUUUCAACAUCAGUUUGCAUGUUUACUUUUUCUGGAUCCAUCACUGGUAUUUUAAUUUAGACUUGUGUUACCCAAGUUGUCCCUGCAAUUCAUUUUUACUACCAUAUUUUUUUAUUUUUUAGGCAUUUUCAGCUGUCCUGUUAACAGUUAUAGCUCAUUAUGUUGGAGUUUUGUGGCAGAACUUAUUUUCCUUAAAAUGCUGUAAAGCUGCAGAGCACACUGGUCUCUCUUGUUCUCAUAAACCGUCAGUAAAUGUCGAUACUGACCUGAUGCUGGAAGGGAUUGUAAUUUUUACUAUGACUCUUAACUUGCACAGUCUAAUCUAUAAAUUUAAUGCUUUUACUGUAUUAUUAAAGUGACCAAAACCCACUACUUUUUUCAAAUCAAGUGUCUUGUGAUUUGCAUCGUCUCGUGUACCACUUGACAGAAUUCUUAACUUUCUGCAGCACUUUAAUGUUUGUUUUUUCAAUGUUCUUAAUAAAAUGUUAAAACCAA